CUUAUCCGUCAAUUUCCAAUGAAGAAACUGCCACAUCAGAUGCAUGCAAAUAUGCCCAAAAUUUCCACCUCUCAUUCCACUCCUGCCUCCACCAACCUUCCACUCAAAGCAAAAAACAAAAUCACACUAAAUCCUCACUAAACACAAGCUUCAAGCAAAGAAACAACCUAUAGGAAAAUAAUGGCUUCCACUUCUGCAGUAUCAAUGGCAAUGCCACUAACUUACUCCAGCAAGAAGGUGGUCAAUAGUUCACAGGCAUUCUUCAAUCCACUGCCUGUUCGGUAUACAAAGGCUGUCACAUCGUCAAAAUGCAAUGGAAGAUUUCAAGUCAGGGCCUCCAUGAAGGAGAAAGCUGUGACGGGGCUCACAGCAGCUGCAUUGACAGCUUCAAUGGUGGUUCCUGAUGUGGCUGAAGCUGCCGUUUCACCUUCUCUCAAGAACUUCUUGCUCAGCAUCGCGGCUGGUGGAGUUGUGGUUGUAGUCAUCCUUGGUGCUGUGAUUGCUGUAUCCAAUUUCGAUCCCGUCAAGCGAAACUGAUGAAUUUCUGAUGUGCUGCCUGUGACCUAUUUUAUUUCUUCUAUCUCUUAUCAUGAUAUGUAAUUAUGUAUCUGUUGUGUUCUUCAGUAAUGAAUUGAACUAUCUUGUGUGUAAACUAAUCUGUGACUCGUGAGCUCCACUUGAGCAGAAGCCUCUCAAUUAUUUAAAUGUAAUAUUCAUUUUAGCACAUCAUAGAAACAGAUUAAUUACAAA